GGUCGGUGCGCUCUGCAGACAAAUUUCACUUGUCAUUCCUGAAUAACGGCGCUGUACCGGAGGGCUGGAAUCGGACUUCAGUAAAAGAAGUGCGGUGGCCUUCGCCCUCACUCAGCAACGAUGUCCGAAUAUAUCCUCACCUUACUCGUCAUACUGGGAUUCGGGGAUAUAUUCUCAAAUGUUCAGACACUGAGGGACGCUGAUUCAGAGCAAGAGCCCAUUUUGUGUGACGUUGGAGAGUUUCUGUGCGGUGACCAGCUGACCUGUGUGUCCGAGAGCUGGCUUUGUGAUGGGGAACCAGACUGUCCAGAUGGUUCUGAUGAGGUUCUGGACAAAUGUAAGGUGGAGGUGAUAGUCAGAUGUCCUCUGAAUCACAUACAGUGUAUCGGGACGAGAAAGUGCAUUCACUUCAACAAACUCUGUAAUGGGGUGAAAGACUGUGAGGAUGGUUUUGACGAAGGAGUCCACUGUCGAG